AUGCCAAGUGGAAGUCAUUUAUUGGAUGUACUUAGAAGUAGAUGCAAGAUUGCAGAAAAUAUCCCACAAAAUGAAGAACUUUUGAGAGAAUGUUGGAAUGAAUAUGGUGUCAAUUCAAAUGCUCAGCAGAUGAUUUUACGGUACUUUAUACCUCCUCCCGUUGUUAUUCAUCAUAAACACUCGGACUUUGAAUGGUUUGUGCAUCAUUUAAAAAAAGCAUUUCAUUUUUAUCAAAUUGCCCUGGUGAUUUGUAAUUCUGUGUUUACAAUGAUAUCAACCAAAGAAAUCAAUAAACAUGAUGCUCAACGAGAGUGUAACCAACAAUUUGAGAUUAAUGCUAAUAAUAAUUCAAUGUUGAAUGGUGUCAUGCAUAGUAAACAAUACAAUAUGAUGAAACAUAAACCAAAUGAAAAUGCAUUACAUCAAAUUGAAACUAUUCCAUCAUUGAUAGAUGAUAUCACUAAUAGAUUAGAACAAUUCGAACUCAUUCCAUCUUAUUUUUGUCUUGAUUAUGAAGAUGAAACUUAUUAUAGUGAAUUUGAUUACAAUCUAGAUAGUUGA